ACUUCCUUUCUCGCAUAGAGCAGCGGAGAGAUGAUUAAUUAUCUCGGCUACCUAUUUAUGUGCCGUGUAUUUUUGCUCAUAUUACACGUGCUACUACUGGGGACGAGUUGCAGUGCGAAGAAGAAUCACUUAUGCGCUGCUUCAUCUUGUGGCGAGGUCCGUAACAUAAGCUAUCCCUUCCGAUUGAAAGGUGAUCCAAAAGGCUGUGGCCACUCUAAGUAUGAGCUAAUUUGUGAAAAUAACCGCACUGUUCUAUAUUUGCAAGACGGUAGAUAUUAUGUGAAGUCGAUCCAUUACGAUUUCUAUCUUGACAAAGAUAACUUCCAUGGUCGCACAACAGUAGUUGACGAUGGUCUGCAAGAAGGUAAUUGCUCGUCCCUCCCUCGUUACUCAUUGGCAUGGUCCAACAUCAGUAGAAAUUCUCCCUACUAUCCUUAUUUCGGAGGCUUUGUGGUAUUCGUGAAGUGCUCACUGCCCAUUCCUUCUACUUGGUAUGUUGAUACCAAACCGUGCAUCGAGGGAGCAUACCCUGCCGGCACGCCUCCAAAUUUUCCCCAAACGAAGGUGUACUCAUACGCUAAUUAUGGGUUUAAUGGAUUAAGAGCAUCAGACAUCAAGGAUUCUUGCACUAUAACCAUGAUGGCAUUGGCAUGGGACUAUUUCUGGGGGUGGGAAAGGGAUCAGUAUGAUCGUGCGAGCUUAUCAUCAUACAAGGACCUCCACAGCGUGAUGGCCGCGGGAUUCAAUAUCUCCUAUGGAAAAAACAAAUACUCUGGGAGUGGAGAACCUCGCCUUUGCUUCUUGGGUUUCGGAUACCGUACGGAGAGGUGCAGUCAUUAUAACUCCAAUAAUUCUAUGGUGGGGCCACUCGCACUCUUUGCACUUCCUUAUCUCCCCUUUUUCUUAGCCCACUUCCUCGCCGCAAAAUUCAUACUCGGAGCUCCAUGUGUGUUGAUAUUUUUAGUCUAUAAGUGGAUGAGAAGGCACCGAGCAACGGACGAAAACAUCGAAGAAUUCCUACGAGCUCAUAACAACUUUUUGCCUAUAAGGUACUCUUACUCGAACAUCAAGAAAAUCACAAAAAAUUUCAAACACAAAUUAGGUGAAGGAGGAUAUGGCUCUGUGUACAAAGGAAUACUUAGAAGUGGUAAUGAAGUUGCUGUUAAGAUUUUGAACAAACCAAAAUCUAAUGGCCAAGAUUUUAUAAGCGAAGUGGCUACUAUUGGAAGGAUCCACCAUGUUAACGUGGUGGGACUUGUUGGUUUUUGCUUUGACGACUCUAAGCAAGCUCUCGUGUACGAUUUCAUGUCAAAUGGAUCUUUGGACAAGCACAUUUUCUCUAAAGAUGGCAAUGAUUCUCUUGAUUAUAAGAAAAUAUAUGAGAUCUCUCUUGGUGUGGCUAGGGGGAUAGAAUAUUUACAUCGGGGAUGCGACGUGCAAAUUCUACACUUUGACAUCAAGCCUCACAAUAUUCUUCUAGAUCAAAAUUUCACCCCGAAAGUUUCUGACUUCGGGCUUGCAAGACUUUUUCCCGCGAACCAUGACAUAGUGUCGUUGACUGCUGCAAGAGGAACCUUGGGAUAUAUGGCUCCUGAGCUAUUCUACAAGGACAUUGGCGGUGUCUCGUAUAAAGCUGAUGUUUAUAGUUUCGGGAUGUUACUGAUGGAAAUGGCAGGUAGGAGGAAAAAUGUAAAGGCAAAUGUUGAGCGUUCGAGUCAAAUUUAUUUCCCUUUGUGGGUCUAUGAUCAACUUAGCAAAGAAAACGAGGUUGAAAUGGAAGAAGUAGAAGGGGAAAGGGAGAUAACCAGGAAGAUGGUAGUAGUUGCCCUUUGGUGUAUACAGUUAAUCCCUAAUGAUCGACCAUCAAUGAGCAGAGUCCUCAACAUGCUUGAAGGAGAUAUUGAUCAACUGCGACUGCCUCCAAAACCGCUUCUGUAUCCAUCCGAGAAGCCAGUUGAUGAUAUGGACACUGAAAUAGAACUCGAAUCAUUCUCAACCACAUCAAGUGCUCCAACAAUUUAUGAAGGAGAUCAAUUUCAAAAUAGCAAUGAAAUUACGGAGUCAUGCAUUGUAUGAUUUUCUUUUCCUACAUGUUUGAACGUAUGCAAAAUAAACGUAGUUCCAUUAGAAGCAUAAUUGACCAUGUAAUGUGUGAACCUAUAUGAUUUUAGUGUUUGUUAGAUCUUGUGUUUUGCAGAAGAAUUGCCCCCUAGCUAUCUGUU